AUGGGUGAAAUUUAUUGUAAGCGAAAAUCAACACAUGAUGGGCUUAAGACAUGGGGCCAAUUAGGAAACCAGUUGACAGCAUACACUCUCAAGGUGAACCAUCUGGGCGUAUUUGUCAUCUUAAAUCUUCAUGAUCGACAGAAUGUUGUAUGCUAUAUGUUUGUGCUUUUACCAAAUCCAGAAAACACUAUCGCUGCUGAUAGCCAUAGUUUGGGAAAGAGUGUCUUCAGCUAUGACUUCUCUUCAGCUAUUGCAGUUAACCGAGCAUGGUCGAAGCCUUUUGGCCUCGAAGAGGAGUUGAAGCCUGUACCAGUCACUGCUACAGGAACAGUUUUGUGCACCUCAGUGGACACUGUUAGGAGGAUUGCGAUGAGACCCACAAGCAGGAGCUUGGGACCUAUGCUUGGUGUAGGCACAUGCACAGAGCUAAGGGAUAGAUUUUGA